GCGGUCCCCAGGCCCCACCCCAUUCUGGGGCCAGCCACCUCCCCCAGGCACCACGCCCCAAGCAGGUCCCUCUCAGGACAGGCCAUCUGGGCGGGCUUCUCUGGUGUGGCAUCUGGCAGAGGGCUGGGAGCAGCUUUGUUCCGGUCACCAGGAACAGGUCAUUUCUCCCCUGGCUCAGAGCUGAGAGGGUCUUAGCAGUCUGUCCCACCACCUUCUUCACAUGGCUCUAAAGGAGGGACUCAGGACCUGGAAGAGAAUUUUCUGGUGGCUGAUCCUACUUACACUUGGCUUCCUAGGGCUGCCCCUGUACAGGCUCCACAUAGUCAGGCAUCUGGAAGUGCUCAUCCCCAUGGGUGUCUGCCCUUCAGCCAGAAUGGCCCUGCUGAGAGACAACUUCACGGGUCUCCUGCGUCCCUGGGCCCGGCCUGAAGUCCUGACCUGUACCUCCUGGGGGGCCCCCAUUAUUUGGGAUGGCACCUUCGACCCGGAUGUGGCCCAGCAACAGGCUGUACAGCAGAACCUCACCAUUGGUCUGACUGUCUUUGCAGUGGGCAGGUACCUGGAGAAGUACCUGGCGCGCUUCCUGGACUCCGCCGAGCAGCACUUCAUGGAGGGCCAGCGCGUGGUGUACUACGUGUUCACCGAGCGCCCGGCCGCCGUGCCCCGCAUGGAGCUGGGCCCCGACCGCCGGCUGCGCGUGGAGCGCGUGGUCCGCGCGCGGCGCUGGCAGGACGUGUCCAUGCAGCGCAUGCGCACUCUGCACGAGGCGCUGGGCGGGCGGCUGGGCCGCGAGGCGCACUUCGUGUUCUGCAUGGACGUGGACCAGCACUUCAGCAGCGCGUUCGGACCUGAGGCCCUGGCCGAGUCGGUGGCGCAGCUGCACGCCUGGCACUACCACUGGCCGCGGUGGCUGCUGCCCUUCGAGCGCGACGCUCGUUCGGCUGCCGCACUGGCCCCGGGCGACGGCGACUUCUACUACCACGCGGCCGUGUUCGGGGGCAGCGUGGCGGCGCUGCGCGGGCUGACAGCACACUGCGCGCAGGGCCUGCAGCGGGACCAGGCGCGCGGCCUCGAGGCGCGCUGGCACGACGAGAGCCAUCUCAACAAGUUCUUCUGGCUGCACAAACCCGCCAAGGUGCUGUCGCCCGAGUUCUGCUGGAGCCCGGACAUCGGCCAGCGGGCCGAGAUUCGCCGCCCGCGCCUGCUCUGGGCGCCCAAGGAGUACGCCCUGCUGCGCCACUAGUCGCUUCGCCCUGGGUCCCCAGGAGGGCGGGAGCGGGCGUGGCAGGCAGCAGAGACCCUGGGGGCAGGGGCGUCCCUCUUGGGCGCAGCAUGGCACUUUGGAGGGAGGAGAGAGAUUGGUGGAAACAGCCCAACCCCUGCCAGGUGUGCCCAGCCACGGGGUGGGAGGAGGAGGCCUGGCCUUUGGGGAGUUAAUCACUGAAGAUCCCCUUUCCCUCACUGCAGUGGUGCCUUGGCAAGGUACCUAGGGCCCUUUCACCUCUGACAUCACUGAAUUCAGCUGGUGGGCCCAAAGAGAUGUUUAGCCCCCUCACUGACCCCCACCCUUUUUUUGGUAAGGAGACUGAAGCACAAAAAGGAAACAUAACUGCCUUCGGGCACAGGAUUUCUGAGUCAAUGUGUAGGGCCAGCAGCUUGAGAGCCAGCACUGGCCCACAGGCCAAACAGAGCUGCCCCUGGGCCUGAGCCACAGAGGGAGAGAUGCUAGCGGCAUCCGGUUUGGCCAUUUCCCCUCCCCUCAAGCAUAUUUCAUAUUUAAGAAAUAUUAUAAUGAAAUUACAGUUAAGAAAUAUUAUAAUAAAUUAUUCCAAAAGUGU